AUGACGAAGGCACAGGACGGUGGCCAGAAGGCUCUCUCUGCGUUCUGGGUUGGCAUCCAUACGCGUGUUGAGCUGGGGUGGCCUACACCCGCGGACGAGCUAAAGGCCGAGCAGGAGGCGCACGCGGCGGCGGUGUCCGCAAAGGGCAAACGCAAGACUUGGCGACCUGUAUCGGCGGAAGCGUACGCGUUUGCGGACGCGCCAUCGUUCGACCUGGCGAAGUGGAAGAAGGAUAGGAGACAGCGCGUCUCGCGGUGGUUUUACAACACUUCAGGCACCGAGGAGAAGAAGAAGGCGGAGAUUAAGGUCGAAUUGAACCCCGUCCCUCCUGGCCAGCCUUCGCGAGCCCUCACUAAGCAGCAGCUGUAUUCGAAACGUUACUACAAAAAGAGGGUUAAGAAGAAGGUUCGUGCCGAGUUUGCCAAGCUUGGCCAUCCCCCCACGGCGGGGGAGAGGAUUUCCAUCAUCCAUCGCGUGACCGAGGAGUGCUGGAAGAAUGAAACCCCUGAAACGAAGGCGGAGAUUGAAGAGUUAGAGAAGCAGAUCCUGGAGGAGAGGGAGAAGCGGAAGGAGGUACUCGCCAACGUGUUGCUCGAUGCCAUGGAGCGCGAUGAAGAAUCGCCGGAAACCUACAUUCGAAACAUCGAGGUGCUGAAAGAGAUCUUUAACGGGGUGCUCUCGGCGCUGGCGAAGAAGACCGGUUGGAGCUUCACGGUGCUCUGUGGUGGACCUGAUCCCAUGAAAAACGACGGCGAGAUCAGGACUGUUUCGUACCACGAAGGUCGCAACGUCCAUGGACUGACCUUCAACAAGGCCCAUCCCACGUUCCACGACACGUACAUCAAGCCGUUUUCCGCUUUCCUGCAUAUGAUUUAUCCCGAGGAUGUUCGCAGAGCCAGGGAUGGUGAAGCUUCCGACGAGUUGGACGAGGCUCGUGAGGAGGUCCUUGGCAUGAAUUUGGACGAGCCGCACGAGGAAGAUGGUUCCUCUACCUCGAAGCGGCAUCCGGGCGAAACUCCGAUCCCGGCUGUCGCAGACGCCGGCGGUGCACCUGCUCCUCCUCCCGUCCGUGACGUAGGCACUCCCCCUGAAGCGCCGAUACGCCCUCCUGGGCCUUCCCCUGCGAGUGCACUCGCUUCUCCCCAGGACGUUUCGCAGACCCGCAUUGUUUCGCCAGUCCCAGAAGGAACCUCCACAGUCCCCACAGUCCCAGAAGCAGGCACCACUGUCCCCCCCCAUCCCCAUUCCGCCAUCCCAACGCACUGCUGUCCCAACGGGGCCUCUGGAUGA